AUGCGGGUUGAGGGCACCAAGCAAGGGCGCACGCCCAGCUCGCUCGCGUUUCCGCUCGGCCUCCGGAUGUGACCGUUUGAGGGCGGUGCCUCGUUCCCCAAGCUUGCUGGGAUUGGACGCUGCUGGUGAGGUCAUCCCGAGGCGCCAAGGAGGCAACCGGGAAGCAGAGUCCCCUGACCAUGAUGGCAGUCAAGUGGACUGAUGGACAUUCUUCUCCCAUCCUCUGCCUGAAUGCAAGCAAAGAUGGGCUAGUGGCUUCAGGAGCAGUGGGUGGAGAUCUCACAGCGUGGGGUGAGGAUGGGACACCGUUAGGACAUGUGAGGUUCGCAGGUGCUGAUGAUGUGACCAGUGUUGUAUUUUCCCACUCCUGCCCCACCAAGCUCUACGCUGCACAUGGAGAAAGCAUUAGCAUCCUGGAUGUCAGGGCCCUCAAAGAUUCUCUGGAACAUUUUCACAUGAACGAAGAAGAAAUCAAUUGUCUUUCACUGAAUGAAACUGAAAACCUGCUGGCUUCUGGUGACGACUCCGGGGCAAUCAAAAUACUAGACUUGGAAAAUAAGAAAGUUAGCAGAUCCCUGAAGAGACAUUCCAAUAUCUGUUCCUCUGUUGCUUUUCGACCUCAGAGGCCUCAAAGCCUGGUGUCAUGUGGCCUGGAUAUGCAGGUGAUACUGUGGAGUCUGCAGAAGGCCCGGCCGCUCUGGAUCACACAUCUCCAGGAGGAUGAGCCAGAAGAAACGGAAGGCCCACAGUCUCCCGGCCAGCUCCUAAACCCUGCCCUCGCCCACUCCAUCUCCGUGGCGUCGUGUGGCAACAUUUUCAGCUGUGGUGCAGAAGAUGGCAAGGUGCGAAUCUUCAGGGUGACGGGAGUCUCGUGUGAACAAGCACUGGGAUUUAAGGGCCACACUCUGGGGGUGUCUCAGGUCUGCUUUCUGCCAGAAUCCUAUUUGCUGCUCACUGGAGGGAACGAUGAGAAGAUCAUGCUGUGGGACGUGAGCUGCAGAGCUGAAAAAAACCAGAAGAGUCCUGCGAAACAUACCCACGGGAAGAAAACCAAGCAGGGUGGGAACGGUAACGCUGCAGCAGCAGGCGGAGGACAGCGCAGCAGGAUGGCCCCAAAGGUGAGCAUUGAGCACGGAGACAAAGUGAACUGGCUCGUGGGUACAAAAAUAAAGGGGCAGCAACACAUAUUAGUAGCUGAUCAAACCAGUUGUAUAUCUGUAUAUCCUUUAAAUGAGUUUUAAAUUCAAUAAAGACAUUUGAAGAA